AUGGCAGAUCGAUUGACGCGUAUCGCUAUCGUGAGCUCUGAUCGUUGCAAGCCGAAGAAGUGCCGGCAGCAAUGCAAAAAGAGUUGUCCUGUUGUCAAGACCGGUAAACUUUGUAUCGAGGUCACAUCUGUAUCUAAGAUUGCUUUUAUCUCAGAGGAGCUAUGCAUUGGAUGUGGUAUUUGUGUCAAGAAAUGCCCAUUUGAAGCAAUUCAGAUCAUCAAUCUACCCAAAGAUUUGGAUAAAGAUACAACCCAUCGUUAUGGCCCUAACACUUUCAAAUUGCACAGGUUACCAGUCCCGAGACCUGGGCAAGUUCUUGGUUUGGUUGGAACAAAUGACAUCGGGAAGUCGACUGCUCUUAAAGUUUUGGCCGGGAAAUUGAAACCUAAUUUGGGCCGUUUCAAUAACCCUCCAGAUUGGCAAGAGAUCUUGACAUACUUUCAAGUGUCUGAGCUGCAAAAUUAUUUUACUCGUAUUUUGGAAGAUGAUUUGAAGGUGCCUUCUAAGUGUACUAUAUUUUACAGUUUUAUGGACUACAUAAAUUAUAUUGCCUUGUUUGAUUUGUAUGUCGACCACAUUCCAACAGCAGUGCAAGGCAAAGUUGGGCAAGUGCUCGACCAGAAAAAUGAGAGAGAUAUGAAAGCAGAACUUUGUGCUGAUCUUGAGCUGAAUCAGGUUAUAGACCGUAAUGUAGGGGAUUUAUCUGGUGGAGAGCUUCAGAGGUUUGCUAUUGCCAUUGUCGCGAUACAGAAUGCGGAGAUAUAUAUGUUUGAUGAGCCCUCAAGUUAUCUUGAUGUGAAACAGAGGCUUAAAGCUGCCCAAGUUAUCCGAUCUUUGCUCAGACCUAAUAGCUAUGUGAUUGUUGUGGAGCACGAUCUCAGUGUUUUGGAUUAUUUAUCAGACUUCAUUUGCUGUUUAUAUGGGAAGCCUGGUGCGUAUGGAGUUGUAACCCUUCCCUUCUCUGUCAGAGAAGGAAUUAAUAUAUUCUUGGCUGGAUUUGUCCCCACAGAAAAUCUACGUUUUCUGGAUGAAUCUCUUACUUUUACGGUUGCUGAGACUCCACUGGCAAGUGCUGAGGAAAUUGAAACAUAUGCACGAUACAAAUACCCAACCAUGACUAAAACUCAGGGUGGUUCAAGCUUAAGGUGA